AUGGAGCUGGGGGAAGUUGAACCCAGCAACAACCAGGUCACCAAGCUCUCCACCACGGAAACCCGAGCUCCCGAGCCUGCGCGGGGGGCUCUCCCUACGGCAAACGACUCUGGUCCCGGGUCUCCCGUCGCCUCUCGAGGCCUCUUCGGGGGACUCGGUCCUCCCGAGAUAAGCGGUCCGGAGCUCGCCGCUCGCCUGCCCCCGCUUCGCGAGGGGCCCCAUCGCCUGGCCCGCCCGGCCCGAAGCCGGCAGGCCCGUCACCAGGCAACAGUAGCCAGCCCGGGCGGCCCUGGGAGGCCUACCGGGCGCGACUCCUUCCCUGUUCCCCCCAGGCUGGCCUCAGGAGCCCAGGCGAGAGCACCGCCGGUGAGAGAAGUCGCUCGGAGCAGGCGACCGGUCACUCACCUCUUCCCUCUCCUCUCGGGAGGGGCUGGGCAGGUGUUCGAUACCUCCGCCCCCCCUAAACACCACCUGGCUGUUCCUGCUCAGCCUCACAGCCUGGCCGCCGCCGUGGGUUUACUCCAUAGCCUCCGCUACCCCCGAGGCCGCAAAAGCUGGAGCCGGAGGAGGGAGGAGGAAGGGGGGAGGGGAGGGAAGGGACUGGGGACCAAGAGCUUGACUCCGCCCCCCCGGGAGUCAGGUGGGGGCGGGGUUGCGGGGCCGGGGGAGGAGUCGGCGCGCUAGCUUAAGGCGGUUCUCUUGGCUCCGCAGUUCCGUAGCCGGAGCAGCCAGAACGAGCUUCCCGGCUCAGCGCUGAGCGGGCCGAGUUUUGCGAUCCUUAAUGGUUGCUUCUGCCAGAAGAGGAGGACAGGAUGCUCUGGUCCUUUUCAAGCUACUCAGCUAUGGGGUGGUAUUAUUCACUCCCUUCAGACCCAAGUGGAAAUAAAAAGGAAGCAUCAUUUAUGAACAUACAAAGACUGUUUUACUAGUUCUGAUGUUGUAGAUUUAGCAUUUAGUCAUCUUAUGCAAAAUAUGUGCCUAAGUAGCAAUGACAUCUCUCAUCUUAAAGGAGUUUGUCUUUUCCAAGUUCUAAUGGAUCAUAAAGUCUUUGAACCAGUAGGAAUGAAGAUAUUCAAAAAUGAAAAGGAGCUGGAAUUUGAAGAUUCACACAAUAGUCUCUACAGGUUUCUAGGCAAUAAAUUAUCUUAUGUUUGUUGCAAAAGAAAAAAUAAUGCUGAGAAUGGGUUAAUUGAUGAAAUAAGAGCAAAAGAACCUUUAAGACCAGAAGAUGAAAUUAUUUCAAAUCCUCUAGCACAAGAGAUCAGUGAGGAAAGAACUGAGGAACUUAUUCAUACAAUGAGUGAGAAUCCUGCUUUACCUCCAGACAUUACAGUUAACAAACCUGUUCUCCAUCUUUCAAAAGAAAUUUCGGAUAUUUGGAAACAACAGAAAUUGUUACAUAUUCUUCAAUUAAUUCACCUUCUAUUCCUGGGAAAAAAAUUGGAGCUUCCAGUUAAAACACAAAAUCUUCAAUUAAGUAAAGAAGAAGAAGAUCUUGUUAUCUCUAACACUUGCCUAGACAGAGAGAUUAUUCCAAGCCUACAUCUGCCUGAGAUUGAUAACUGGCUUAAUGCAGCAAUUGAAUGCUUGGAAUGUUUCCCUGAACUUACAGUUAGUCAGCAGUUGGUGCAAAACAGAAAUGAAGAGACAAAACUAAAUAUUCAGAAGAAUAUACUCUUUGAUGUCAUACUAAAAUACUAUAAUCCAGAGAGAGAUUGCCUACUAACUGAUGAAUAUUUUGAUAUUCAUUCAGGAAUUAUUGAACUUUUAGAAAAUAAGAACAGAAGCACUGAAGCAAUACAGCUGUAUCUAAGAUUACUGUUGCCCAACAUCAAAGAAGAAUUACAAAAGACUAGUUACAUUUGUGGCUAUCACAUCAGAACCUAA